AUGGCCUGGCUUUCCCUAAAGGUCUUGUUGGUGGGGCUGAGUUUCCUGGGAUGUCUUUAUCCUCUCGUGGAUUUUAGCUUCAGUGGGGAAACAAGAGGCCAGAAACCGAAUUUCGUGAUCAUUCUGGCGGAUGACAUGGGUUGGGGUGACCUGGGAGCCAACUGGGCAGGCACGAAGGACACCGCCAACCUGGACAAGAUGGCUGCAGAAGGAAUGAGGUUCGUGGAUUUCCACGCGGCGGCCUCCACCUGCUCACCCUCCCGGGCGGCCCUGCUCACCGGCCGGCUGGGCCUCCGCAAUGGAGUCACUCACAACUUUGCAGUCACGUCCGUGGGGGGCCUUCCACUCAACGAGACCACCUUGGCCGAAGUGCUGCGGGGGGCUGGCUACGUCACGGGGAUGAUUGGGAAGUGGCAUCUUGGGCACCAUGGCUCUCACCACCCCGGCUUCCGUGGCUUUGACUACUACUUUGGGGUCCCCUACAGCCACGACAUGGGCUGCACUGACACCCCUGGCUACAACCACCCCCCCUGCCCGGCGUGUCCCCGGGGCGACAGACCAUCCAGGAACCUUGAGCGGGACUGCUACUCUGACGUGGCCCUUCCUCUGUACGAAAACCUCAACAUAGUGGAGCAGCCCGUGAACUUGAGCGCCCUUGCACAGAAGUACGCCGAGAAGGCCACACAGUUCAUCCGGCAGGCAAGCACCAGCGGGAGACCCUUCCUGCUGUACGUGGGCCUGGCACACAUGCACGUGCCCCUGACCAGGACGCCGCCGUCAGCAGGACCCAGGAGUCUAAGGCCGUACAGCGCGGGUCUGCGGGAGAUGGACCGUCUCGUGGGCCGGAUCAAGGACACAGUUGACCUCGCGGGGAAAAACAACACGUUCCUCUGGUUUACAGGGGACAAUGGCCCGUGGGCUCAGAAGUGUGAGCUGGCCGGGAGUGUGGGGCCCUUCACCGGAUUGUGGCAGGCUCGUCGAGGAGGAAGUCCCGCCAAGCAGACCACUUGGGAAGGGGGGCACCGCGUCCCGGCCCUGGCUUACUGGCCCGGCAGGGUCCCCGUCAACGUCACCAGCGCAGCUCUGCUGAGCGUGCUGGACAUCUUCCCCACCGUGCUGGCCCUGGCUGGGGCUCCCCUGCCCCGAGGACGACGCUUUGACGGUCUGGACGUCUCGCAGGUGCUGUUCGGCCGGGCGCAGACGGGACACAGGGUGCUGUUCCACCCCAACAGCGGGGCUGCCGGAGAGGACGGAGCGCUUCAGACCGUCCGCCUGGAGCGGUACAAGGCCUUCUACGUCACUGGCGGAGCUCGAGCCUGCAACGGGAGCGUCGGCCCCGAGCGGCACCACGAGCGCCCUCUCAUCUUCGACCUGGAAGCUGACCUCGCGGAGGCCGCGCCCCUGGCCGAGGGCGGCGCGGAGUACCGGGCGGUGCUGCCCAGGGUCGCGGCGGCUCUCGCGGGCGCGCUGGACGACAUCGCCCGGGACCGCGUGUCCUUGGCGGAUUACAGUCAGGAUCCCUCCGCGCGUCCCUGCUGCGACCCCCGCCGCCCCGCCUGCCGCUGCCCGGCCGCGUGA